GUAGGAAGAUCAAUCUUCACAACAAACCAAUUGACAGAUCACAUUGAAUAGAAAGUAUAAUAGAAGAGUGAUUACGUCAUUUCUACAAUUUUCCCCUUUUGUAACACAUAAAGAUAAGACAUGGCCAGACUACAACCGCGUGAUCAAAGUAGUGCAUUAGAACGUCAACGAGCAGCCCAAAGAGCAGUCCAGGGCGCUUCUACCGCAAGAAGAACAGGAUUAUAUGGAAACCAACCAGGAGAUCCCGUACACACAGAGACAGUAGUGGGCUCGUCAUCAACUGCGGCAAGGACAGCAACAGCUGUAACAUCAGCCAGGAAGAAACCUACAACCACGCCAGCCAGAAGAAGAUAUAGGCCGCGAGGCCAGAAUGCCCUUCGAGAAAUCCGUCAGUUUCAAAAAUCUACUGAUUUAUUAAUUCGGAAGUUGCCCUUUGCAAGAUUAGUUAAAGAAAUCGCAGAGAACCAUGUUGGGGUGGAUUACGGGAUCAGAUGGCAAUCACAUGCAAUCAUGGCAUUACAGGAGGCUUCAGAGGCGUUUUUAAUUCAUUUACUUGAGGAUACUAAUCUUUGUGCCAUUCAUGCGAAACGAGUUACUAUUAUGCAAAAGGAUAUCCAAUUAGCGAGAAGAUUAAGGGGCCAAGGAUAUAUAUAGUUGACCAUGUGACAGAGGUUAAUAUUCUUGGUUUGAAAUUGUUGGGAAGAAAUUUAGACAUAAUAGAAAGGUUCUUAUAGCACUCUGUUGCAAGGAGGGGACUACAAGUUUUACGAUGUGCUUUUUUUUUUAAGUAGAUUGGUUUUGUAAGCUCAUUUAGCAUUUUGUAUUUUUUAAUAAUAAUAAUUUUU